GAAUCUGGACCAUCAAAGCAUCAAGAAGUUGCUGAACAGGAACAGUUAUCUGAUUGUAAUCUUUCAUGUAUUCUUGAAUUUGAUGGUGCCUGUAAAGGAAAUCCCGGGAAAUCAGGUGCUGGAGUCAUAAUUCAGCGGUUAGAUGGAUCUGUGGUAUUACAACCAACAACGCUGCUGAAUAUCGUGCAUUGAUCCUGGGGCUAGAUUAUGCUGCCAAGAAGGGAUUCAAGCAUAUUCGUGCUCAAGGAGAUUCUAAGCUUGUCUGUAAGCAGGUUCAAGAUCUCUGGCGGUGUAGGAGUGAUAAUAUGGCUGUCUUGUGUAAGAAAGCUAAGGAACUCAAGGGGACAUUUCUUACAUUUCAAAUCAACCAUGUUUUGAGGGUAGGUCUCACAUUUUCCUAUCCUUUUACCUUGUUAAUAUCUUCCAUCAUCCAGCUUUAUGUUGCAUGCCUGUACGUACAACAUGCAUUUUUAUUAUUCCAUUUUUAAUGAUGCGACCUAGAUACAACAUAUGUACUUUGUCACGAAAAUUUUAUUGGCCAAUCAUGUAUAAUAGUAAUUCUUUCUUUAUAGAUAGUUGGCAUAACCUGAUCGGUUUGCAUAAUAACUGUUUCAUGUAUAUUAGCAUAAUACUAUGUUUUCAGAAUGGAAGGAGUUACAAAUGAUGUACAAGAUCGUUGCUUCCCAUUGAUGCAGUGCCAAGUGCUAGUUAACAUAUUUGUUCCAUUGGUUUUUGCCAGUCUGUAUAAUAUGAAAGCAUUUAGGUUGACAUCUGUAUAGAUGUGUAGUUUUAUUCAGCAGUCGUGACAAGGCAGUUCGUUUCAGCAGCCCUCUGAAACUAAAAAAGAAAAAAAUUUGAAUUUAAACUAAAAAAGAAAAAAAUUUGAAUUUAACCUAAACCGACCGGUUACCGGUCAAACCGGACCGGUAAACCGGUCUAACCGGACGGUUAGCCGUUCGAAACCGGUAUAAUUGCGGAUUUUAAAUUCAAAUUUGAGUUUGACCGGUUUUUACCGGUUCCGGUAAAAAAACCUUGGUGAAUACGCACUUCGAUUUGCCGUCUCCGUCGUCCCUUCGAUCUCCUGCCGUGUGCCGCGUCCGCGCAACCAAGGGAAGGCAUGGCGGCGGGCGGGGGCGGCGUGGCGCAGCAGGCGGAGCUCCGGCGGAUCGAGGGCAACGCCUGCUUCAAGAAGGCCCGCCUCGGUGCCGCCAUCGACUGCUACACCGAGGCAAUCGCGCUCUGCCCCGACGUCGCCGUCUACUGGAUGAAUCGGGCCCUGUGCCAUUUCAGGCGCAAGGAGUGGGCCAAGGUCGAAGAGGAUAGCAGGAGGGCUCUUGCACUUGAUGACACUCUAGUCAAGGGGCACUAUCUGCUGGGAUAUGCACUGCUCGACAAGGAGGAAUUUGCUCUUGCUAUCAAGGAAUUUGAAAAGGCUCUGAAUCUCUUGAAGUCCUUGAGUUCAACGGAUAAAAUGGCCGAGGACGUUUGGCAGGUCCUUGCUAAGGCAAAAUACCUAGAUUGGGAAAAGCAUUCCACUGAACGAGUUUGGAGGAUACAAAGUUUGAAGGAAGCUUGUGAAAGUGCAUUGCAGGAGCAUCACUUUCUUAGUGGCACACUUGUGGAAGACUCGGAUGGAUCAAGCAACGAGUAUUCAGAACAAAUUAAAUUGCUAUCAGAGGUCUUCAGCAAAGCGACACUUGCCGAUACACCAGUAGAUGUGCCCGAUUACCUUUGCUGUCAGAUAACUUUCGAGAUAUUUAGAGACCCAGUGAUCACACCCAGUGGCGUAACAUAUGAGCGGGCUGUACUUCUUGAACAUCUCGACAAGGUUGGCAAUUUCGACCCGGUGACGCGAGAGCCUCUGAAGGAGCACCAGCUGGUUCCAAACCUGGCCAUCAAGGAAGCAGUGCAGACCUAUCUGAAAGAGCACAGCUGGGCCUACAAGCUGAACUGUUAGAUGCCGUUUGUGGUGUGUGCUGGGUGCUCUGCUGAGUGCUGACUGCUGACUGCUGCUACUGAUGAAUGCUCGUCUUAGGGUUACCUUCUGUGACUACAAUCAUAUGUCAGUGUGAUACAGAUUGAGGUUAGAUUGCUCGAUUCAUUGAUUAUCAAGCAAGUUGAGUUGUAACUGCAGACAUCGACCGAUUGGAGCAAAUGUACAUAAACAUUCAAGGUUAGAGUAGCCAUUUCCACUCAGUCAUCAGUUCUUGACUUAGCAACUGCUUGGUUCAGUUCAGGCUACGAUCCUGAAGCUCACCUGAAGCAGCAAUAUUUUCACCA